AGUGAUCGCAAGAAUCAAGUUCUCUGGGGGAAGUUCCAAACUGUAGGGGAACAGUUGCAAGUAUUCAAUCCUGCCCUUAUUUUCACGCCUCGUCUUCAUGCAACAAUGUUAGAGUAUUGUCUUUUCGGCCAUCCAUGAAUUCAAAUCAUGGCGGGUAUUUUAGGAAAGAUUCCUUGCUGCAAUGAACAUGGUAAACCAUGCUUUAUCAAAACUGGCACUAAAGAUGGCCCAAUGAAGGGUAAAACAUUCUUCAUUUGCAGCAACCAAAGUGGCCAAUGCACUUUUGUAGAGCCAGCAAGUGGUAUUCCAGUCACCAAUUGUCCCCAUCACAAUAAGAUAAGUGACUUGCAAGCACUUUGUAAGAAACAGGAUGGAAUGAGAUGCUAUUUUCGAUGCACAGAAGGAAGAAAAAUGCAAUUAGGCUGGUGUGGUUUUACAAAAAUAUCACCCGUUGCUGAUCGCAAAAAAACUCACAGUGGUGUCGCAAAAUUAUCUGAACGGAAUCCUCUAGAAAACAGUAAAGUUCUUUCAGUACAGCCUACCGUUUCAAUAAGCAAACAUACAAACAAACCGAUGGUAGCUAUAUCUGGCAAAGAGAAUGACGAACCAUUUACGUUCAAAGAUGCCUCAGAAUCGAAUGAUCAGAAUCACCUUGGAAGUAUUUCGUCAGGAACUAGGGAAGAUACAAUGAAGGACCUUAAUCAGGCAGAAAUUUCUCGCUCUUGCGUUGAUGUCAAGCAAGGGAAAGAACAUAACCAAGUCACAUCAGUCCUAGGUAAUAUAGGGAAGGUUUCAGAAAGACAGACUCUUGUUUCGGGACAAUGGACAGGAUUUUGCAACAGACAGCCCAACGAUAUUAAUGCUGCAAGUUCAAACGUGCCAGCUGUAAGCUCUAAAACAGAAAACCAACGAAAGGCUUCAUCCGAUGUCAUAAUUCUUGACGAUUCUUAUGAAGAUCAGGAUGAAAGUGGGGACAUGUCUGGGGCUAAUGACACUGCUGAGCAGAUAAAUCAUCAGCAAAAGCUUCCUAUUCAGGCUACCACAAAUUGUGACAAGAUUUGUCGCGUACCCGACUGCUGUAAGUUCGCUGAUGAAAGAAGUCGUCUUCUAAGCAAGCAAUCCUCUCUGCAAAUGCAAAUCCAAAUGAAAAAGAAACUGAUGCAGACGGUAAAUAUGCGGGCCCUGCCAGACGGCGGUCAGCGGAUUUUUGAUCAAAUUAGAGAUCUUGAGAGAAAGCUGAAGGAAGCAAAACAAAUGUGUGAUGAAUUACCUAGUGAUCAUUCUUGUGAUACUGACAAAAAUGACGCUGUAGUGGAUAUUUUGCACGCUGGCAAAGACGGUUGUCCAGUGAAUGCCCAGCUAGAUUCGGAACUCUUUUUCGUGUCCAGCAAAGGUCCAGGUUCUGUUGGCGACCAUUUUCAAACUCAAAGGCUUUAUGAUGGCAAAAUGACACAAAGUAAACUCAAGGAGGUUGGAAAGAUCACAAAAGAUGCAAUAGAAACACUGCACAGCUCUUUAGAAACAUGUCCAUCCGCAACAACUGAGCAUGAUGAUCCAAAUGGUUUGCUAGUGACGUUGCUGCCUCAUCAGAGACAGGCUCUUGCUUGGCUGCUGUGGAGAGAGAAGCAAACACCGUCAGGUGGUAUUCUUGGUAAGUCAUCUUUGACACAGUUUUUAUAGAAGUACUUUUGCCGUUGUUGAAUCUAGAAAGAAAGGGAUGUUUUAACAAACUCAGGGAAGCCUCUACGCUUGCAAAAAUUUUGCAGCCUGAUAAAAUUGCACGUUAAUGAAGAUACACAUAUACACAAGAUACACAAGAUUUUUUCGUACUUUCACUGGCAUUCUACCUGGUGUAUUUUAGAAUUUCUCUCAGGUAGAUUAUUAGUAGGAAUAUUAAUGUUGAAAUGUUAGUAGGAAUUUAUCCACAUUUGAGCAGGCUCUGAAACCGGCUCUUUUGCUUUGGUAAGACAAAGGUAUCAAUGAAUACCAUCGGGAGUAAGAUUACAAGCCACAGUCACUCAUGUUUCUUGGCAGUUUUUUUACAAAGACUUCUUGCUGAAAGGUAUGAAAAAUUCAUGGUUUUAGCAGCUAUUUUGUUUCAGUCAACUCUGUGUCAUUGGAACUCGUGUAAUUUGAACUCAAAGUCUCUUAAAAAUCCUCCUACAAAAACAACAUCCUGGCAAUAAACCUGAAUUCGAACUUUUCGUAACUGGACCAUGAGAAGAACAAUAAUUUGAAUUUAUGAUAAGGUUAUACGAAGAAAAUGUAAAUUGUAUGAACAACGUUUCAGUAUAGCCUAUUAUCAAACUAGUGAUAUAAGCAUUCUGUUAAUUUUUCCUAUAGCUGAUGUUAUUGUAACUUUUAGCUGUUAUUAA